AUGUGUCCAGAGGAGUGUAACAGCAGCCAUCAUUUGCAACUGGUCCAGUCAGGUUCACUACGGCUGAAUGUAUCAAUGGCUUUAACCCAGAUCUUUGUGUGGCCAUUUAUCUAUAUCAACAUCCUCAUGAUUCUAACCUUUUUCAGAAAACAAUCUUUCAGAACUGAAACACGCUAUAUACUGUUUGCCUAUACCUUAUUUGUAGAUUUGAUUUUUCUUAUUCUGACAGAUUUUGUAAUAUUUCUCUCUUACAGCUAUAUACUGAUGCCCAUGGCAUUCUGUAUUCCCAUUUGCAUGCUCAUGGAAACACUAACAACGUGCACACCACUAACUAUUACUGCAAUGUGCGUCGAACGUUACGUGGCCAUUUGCAUGCCACUGAGACAUAGUGCUAUCUCUACUGUCCACAGGACCCUUACAGUUAUUCUAAUCAUUUGGAUCACAUGUUUCCUUAAGCCAUUUGUGGAUUUGUUGAUCCUUGUUACAACUGCCUCGAAAGAAUACAUGUCUCAAUUUACCUUCUGUCAUUAUGAAAUCAUGAUGCCAGAUAGCUCGCACCGCUUAAUAAGAGGUAUUCUACAUUUUUUUGGUUUUACACUAGUUUUACUUGUUGAGAUAUUUUGCUAUGUUAUGAUUAUGAUCUCUGCCCGAGCAGCCUCUGUUAACAAGAACUUAGCAGUCAAAGGUCUGCGCACCAUCACAUUGCAUAUGCUUCAGCUUACCCUCUGUACAACUGAAAUUAUUUGUCCCUAUAUUGAAGCACUAAUCAUUGAGCUGGAUAUCCAGGUAUAUUUGUCAGUACGAUUUUUUAACUUUAUAAUGUUCACUGUCAUUGCUAGGGCAGUCAGUCCAUUUGUUUACGGCCUAAGAGAUGAACAGUUUUAUGCUACCCUAUUGUACUUUGUCAGAUGUAGACAAAAUCAUGUUUCAUCUGAGAGAGUCUCAAAUCCAAAGAAAAAUUGUAAUAAUAAAUAAAAGAAAAAGUUAUUAGCAUAAUAUAUAUUUUCUUUAUAUAUACACACAAACACACACACACACACUUUGAUAUCGUCUGGUUUUACAGACAUUAGGAAAUUUUAUAUUAUAGAUAACAUAAAGGGCUUUUAGCAAUUUAAGGCUAUAAAACAUUAUGAAAUUAAUUAAUCUAGCCAUUUCUUUAUAAUCAAGUCAAGAGUAACACAAGGUGAGAGUUAGACAAGACUAUAUCACAGGUCCUUUGGUUAUUUUGCCUGAUUUUGGUUGUUUGCUUGAAUACCA